CCACGGCGCGAGACGAGUCAUGUCAACAAGUAAGCACGUCGUUUUUCUAAAGUUUGUGCCUCGUUUUCAGUUUUGAGUAAUAAUAACUUUGCUUACUACGUCACAUAAACCACUGUGUGAACCACCCGAGACGCAAUGGUGGGGCUUGCAGCUGAGGCCGAUGGCUUGGAUUCAUUCACUGUCUUUAAGAGUAGAAUAUUUAAGGUCAUUUGAAUAGUGUCUGAAUUGGAAACAGCUCAUGUAUCCCCAACGCUCCACCAGACUGAAGAGGCCCGUCCAGAAGAGCCCUGAUGAAGACGUUACCCAGCACAAGUUGAGGGGUAAGAGACCAAAGACGGGGCGGAGGAGGAGCAAAGUUGGUGAUGGCGCAGUCACUAUAGAUGAUAGGGGCGAUCAAGACAUCAGUGAUGCGGGUGGUGUAACGCAUGUUACUAAGGAGGAUGAGGGAUCAAUCAUAGUGUUGGCUGAUUAUGGAAUAGAGUCGGAUGAAGACUCUGGCUCCGUCAACAGCAGCAUAGUUUCUGGUCCUUCUUUCUUGUCUCACACCACUCCCAAGGAGAGGGGGACGUCACUGCACAUGUGCUCAGCCUGUCUGAAGCUCUACCAGAAAGCAGAGAAGAUGAACGUGCCAAUGAAAGACAAACUCUUAGACAAUGAUCCCAUGUCCCUGACAUGUGAUCAGUGGGUGCUGAUGAAAAAGUGGAGACCCAGAAGAAUGUCUAAAACAAGAGGGACACUUUUGAUCCAUAUACAGCUGGUGAAGAAAGGUAUGAAGCAAAGUGAGCAGUCAGUGUGCUUGAGGUCACACACUUUCCUCCAAAGGAACCUCCGGCGUUGUAAGAGAGUGCCAGUAAAGAAGGGGAAGAAGAGAAAGAAGAGGCGGACAGAUAACUCUCAGGGUUCUCGCGUUGCUAAGCAGCCGCGUCUGCGCGGCAACAAAGGUCGUCAUGGGCGCAUCAGUAAUAGCUCUGCAGAUGACGGCAGCCUUAAUAAGAGCUGCAGUCACAGUAGCCAUGAAGAGACGAACUAUCAAGCAGACACACGUGUGUCUGUCGAGAUGAAUCCCUGCACAGUCGCUCUGGAAACCACCAACGCAAGACGGAAAACGCCAGAGAAGAAGACGAGUGGAUUCAGAGACUUGCUGGCCCAGCUCCGUGGAAGCAGCAGCAUAAUUGUCAGAGAAACACGUUGA